AACACACAAAGUUACAAACCAAACCCUAAUCACCUUAUUUCCAACCCUUCUCAUUAUUUUUUUCUUCUCUGUUGACUCAAAAACAAUACUAUAUCUAUCACUCUUACCAUUAAUCAAUCAUCUCCCUCCGAUCUUAAUUUCUUCCAUAUAACGAGAGAGAGAGAGAGAGAGUUAAUUAGUUUUCCUGCAACUUCAACUUUUGUUAUGGCCAACCGGUGGUGGACCGGGUCGGUGGGUCUAGAGAACUCUGGCCACUCGAUGAAAAAACCGGAUCUGGGGUUUUCCAUGAACGAGAGUACGGUGACGGGGAACCAUAUAGGAGAAGAAGAUGAGGACAGAGAAAACAGCGACGAGCCAAGAGAGGGAGCUAUUGACGUCGCCACCACGCGCCGCCCUAGGGGACGUCCACCGGGCUCCAGAAACAAGCCGAAACCGCCGAUAUUCGUCACCCGAGACAGCCCUAACGCGCUGCGGAGCCACGUCAUGGAGAUUGCCGUCGGAGCCGACAUCGCCGACUGCGUGGCGCAGUUCGCUCGGAGGCGCCAGCGCGGGGUUUCCAUUCUCAGCGGCAGCGGGACCGUCGUCAACGUCAAUCUCCGGCAACCCACGGCACCCGGCGCCGUCAUGGCGCUCCACGGCCGCUUCGACAUCCUCUCCCUCACCGGCUCCUUUCUCCCUGGGCCGUCCCCUCCUGGCGCCACCGGGCUCACAAUCUACCUCGCCGGAGGCCAGGGGCAGAUCGUCGGCGGCGGAGUGGUGGGCCCGCUCGUGGCGGCGGGCCCCGUAUUGGUAAUGGCGGCUACUUUUUCCAAUGCUACGUAUGAAAGAUUGCCUUUAGAGGAUGAUGAUCAGGAACAACACGGCGGCGGAGGCGGAGGAGGUUCGCCGCAGGAAAAAACCGGGGGUCCCGGCGAGGCGUCGUCGUCGAUUUCGGUUUAUAACAAUAAUGUUCCUCCGAGUUUAGGUCUUCCGAAUGGGCAACAUCUGAACCAUGAAGCUUAUUCUUCUCCUUGGGGUCAUUCUCCUCAUGCCAGACCUCCUUUCUAAUUAUUGAACGUGCUACAUGGCAACAAUUAAUAUAUUAUUAUAGAAGGAUCAUAUCAUAAUAUUAUGAUAUGAGUAAGUUAAUUAAUUAGCUCGAGACUUGAUUUAUAUAAUAAUAAUAAUGAUAUGCUAUUAAUCAUAGUGUAUUUGUAUAUUUAAUUUACUGCAACCGCUUCCGAUCUGGUCUCACCUUAAUAAGCAACCUGCACAGUGGCCAUGGGCGUUGCUUCUUUCUGUAAUUUCUUGAGUGACUUUUUAGUUUUCUAUCACUCUAGCCAUGUCUGCUUCUUUCUUUUUUUAUUUGGCUCAAGUAUGUCUGCUUCUAUUUCCUUCCUUUCUACUGUUGUUCUUGCACAAGAAAGGGACUGGACUAGACUAGACUGCCGAAAAACAAUACUAUUAAAUAUAUUAAUUUUA